AUGUCGGUACAACCUUCUGUUACAAGUCAAUCAGAGAGCCAUCCAGGCGACGAAAUGCCCGUGCCGCCUCCAUAUGAGCAGGAAAAUCAAGUGCCACCCUUGGCUGGAAUCGAGGAGCAAUGUUGCAACUUUGGCCUUAACUGCGAAUCGUACUUCAUGUCAACUCAAGUCCUGAUGGACGUCAAGUUAUUCUUCGGCACACAAAACUCUCAAAACCAGGUCAGUUGGACUCAAUACGGCACAGGCUUCCGGAUCUCGGUCGCGAAUGAAAUGUACACUAAGCACGCAUUCAUGAGCCAGUUGAUUGGCUGUAUGAAGUCGAGGUAUUCGGCGCACUCGGAGAUGGAAAAGUUCUCGAACCUCACAUUUGAAUUGUCAGCACGUGAAUCCGACAUCGACAACGAGACCAUUUUCGAUGUCACCUGGUUUGGAGAAACCCACCCGGAGUGUGUCUUAAGACACUACGGCUUUCAAGCAAAUAAUCCUACAAGUGAUGGGCAGUGGGAUGGCGAACUUGGUCCGCACGUCUGGCAAAUUGCGGUAUUUGCUCAUGAGAGUUCGGAAUCCUCACCAUGGGGCUUAAAGAGUCAUCUGCAACCUGGGAAAGCUUUACAGUCGUUUACACUAAAGAGGUCCUCCAAACGCCGAAACGAUAGAUUGGCUCAAAGACUAUAUCGCAUCCUACGAGCAAAUACUAGAAUGUUCAAGGGUAAGUUAAGGCAUCCCAGAGGUUUCAGAAAUCUAUCACGAAGCUAG